CCGGCAUGUCUCAAGGGCUCCCGGCGGCCGGCAGCGUCCUGCACAGGAGCAUCUCGGUGCCCGGGAACCAGACGCGGCCACAGAGCCCUGAGGAUGACGACAGGAAGGUCCGGAGGCGAGAGAAAAACCGGGUUGCUGCACAGAGAAGUCGGAAGAAGCAGACCCAGAAGGCUGACAAACUCCACGAGGAGUACGAGAGCUUGGAGCAGGAAAACACUGUGCUGCGGAGGGAGAUCGGGAAGCUGACGGAGGAGCUGAAGCACCUGAGCGAGGCUCUGAAGGAGCACGAGAAGGUGUGCCCGCUGCUGCUGUGCCCCUUGAACUUCGUCCCCUUGCCGCGGCCCGACCCCGUGGCUGGCUGCCUGCCCCGGUGAACCAGCCAGGAGCCCGGCGAGUCGGUGGUUUUCACCUCCCCGGAGGAGGCUUCUCUCCACAUCCGUGUGCCUGGGUCACCUCUUUGGAGCUCCGGGCUGGGUCCUCGGUGGCCCAGGCUCAGCGUGACGCUCCCCGCAGGAGCCCGAUUCAGAGCCUCCAGCGGGGCCAGGCCGGAGUCGCUGUGCUUCUGCUUUGGCAGCUAGUACCUUCCCUUGCAGAGUCAUUUCCGCUAGCAUAUGCAUAAUAAAGGCGUUGUCGGGACUUCCUUGGUGGUCCAGUGGCUAAGACUCCCAGCUCUCCCAAUGCAGGGAGCCCCU